AUUACAUGAUUAAAACGCUGAUUUCGUCCGUACGUAACCCGGAAGUAGAAGGCUCGGCUCCAGCGGAUAUUACUCCGACACUGAGGUCAGAAGUUCUCUUUUACAGCCAUCUUGGAUAUAGCGUCCCGAGUCGCAACCAUGCCUGGUGAAGCAACAGAAACGGUCCCUGUCACCGAGCAGGAGAUGCAGCAGCCUCAAGUAGAGACUGCUACACCUCCUGCCCCAGCUUCCUCCCAGCAUCCUCAGGCAGCUUCAGGCCCUGCUAAGCCCAAAGGCAAAGAUGCCAAGAGUGCGCAGGGUUCUUCUGCCCCAAAGGCUGUCCCUGGCAGAAGAAAACGGUCCUCUAUGUCUGCCUCUUCUGCCUCUCCAACCUCGCCAAAAUCUACUCCUUCUUCUACCCCAUUGUCACCUGUGCUUUCUCCUCUGGCUUCCUCACCUGGCAGCUCUUCUGCUAAUCAGGCUAACCGUACCACCCCAAAAGUAGUUAAGGCUGGCAAACAAGGAAAAGCCAAAAAAGGAGAGGCGUUUGUGCCUCCUCCUGUACAAGUGGAGUGCAAAGUCUCUGAAACAAAAGAAAAAAAGGUAGAGCUGAACCUCAAGCAGACAGCAACAGUUGAAGUUGAGACAAAAACUCCACCAGCUACUUCCAAGUCUGUUGCAGCCCCAGCUGCUUUCAAAGUUACCUCAAAAUCUGCUGUUGCAGCACCAGUUUCCUUUUCUGAUGCUAUUGCUUCUAGCCCUCCCAAAUCCAUUGAAGUUAGAGCAGCAUCGUCAAAAGCUACUCCUGUCAUUGCAGCUGUUGAUGAUGAGCUCCCUCCACUUAUCCCACCUGAGAAGCAUAUUACAAUACCUGUACCCGUACCUCCUUUUGAGAAAGACGCCGCAAAGCUUGGUACAUCACCCUCUAAAUCUAAUCCUCCGAGUACUAAGGCAUCAUCCAAACCCAAGAACGAUAAGUUUGUUCCUGUUGAGGUUCCUAAAGCAGCAGUGCCAGUAAAAUCUGCUUCUCUAGACACUCCUAAAGCUACUAAACCAGUCCAGGCCAAAGCUGCCCCUGCUGAGCCUGCCAAGGCGAAGGCCAAAGCCGCCCCUGUUGAGGCUGCCAAGCCCGAGGCGAAGGCCAAAGCCGCCCCUGUGGAGGCUGCCAAGCCCGAGGCGAAGGCCAAAGCCGCCCCUGUUGAGGCUGCCAAGCCCGAGGCGAAGGCCAAAGCCGCCCCUGUUGAGGCUGCCAAGCACGAGGCGAAGGCCAAAGCCGCCCCUGUGGAGGCUGCCAAGCACGAGGCGAAGGCCAAAGCCGCCCCUGUGGAGGCUGCCAAGCACGAGGCGAAGGCCAAAGCCGCCCCUGUUGAGGCUGCCAAGCCCGAGGCGAAGGCCAAAGCCGCCCCUGUGGAGGCUGCCAAGCCCGAGGCGAAGGCCAAAGCCGCCCCUGUGGAGGCUGCCAAGCCCGAGGCGAAGGCCAAAGCUGAGGCAAAGGCCAAGCCCGAGGUGAAGGCUAAAGUCGAGGCGAAGGCCAAAGCUGCUCCCGUAGAAGCUGCCAAAGCUGCCCCUGUGGAGGCUGCCAAGCCCGAAGCGAAGGCCAAAGCCGCCCCUGUGGAGGCUUCCAAGCCCGAGGCGAAGGCCAAAGCCGCCCCUGUGGAGGCUUCCAAGCCCGAGGCGAAGGCCAAAGCCGCCCCUUUGGAGGCUUCCAAGCCCGAGGCGAAGGCCAAAGCCGCCCCUGUGGAGGCUGCCAAACCCGAGGUGAAGGCUAAAGCUGAGGCGAAGGCCAAGCCCGAUGUGAAGGCUAAAGUCGAGGCGAAGGCCAAAGCCGCCCCCGUGGAGGCUUCCAAGCCCGAGGCGAAGGCCAAAGCCGCCCCCGUGGAGGCUUCCAAGCCCGAGGCGAAGGCCAAAGCCGCCCCCGUGGAGGCUUCCAAGCCCGAGGCGAAGGCCAAAGCCGCCCCCGUGGAGGCUUCCAAGCCCGAGGCGAAGGCCAAAGCCGCCCCCGUGGAGGCUUCCAAGCCCGAGGCGAAGGCCAAAGCCGCCCCCGUGGAGGCUGCCAAGCCCGAGGCGAAGGCCAAAGCCGCCCCCGUUGAGGCUGCUAAGGCCGAAGCUAAAACUAAAGCUGCCCCCGCCGAGGCUGCCAAGCCUGAGGCUAAGGCCAAAUCUGUUCCUAACAAAGUUCCUAAACAAGCUGAAGAAACAAAAGCUGCACCUUCUAAGGUUGCCAAACCAGAUGCGGAGGUGAAGUCUGCCCCUGUUGAAGUUGCCAAGCAAGCCCCUGUGAAGGGUGCCAAGCCAGUUGCUGAGACCAAAUUGGUUGAGGUUAAUGCAGCUCCUGCUGAAGUUGCUAAGGCUACUAAACCAGAUGCUAAGCCUUCAUCUGCUUCUGUGAAACCUGCUCCUCGUAAACUCACUUUUGCUGAGGCUGUUGCAAAACCUGCCCCUGUUAAACCUGAAGUAAAUGAUACAACUCCUUCUGAACCCGUUUCCUCGCCUAAACCUGCCCCUACAUCUGCUAAAACCCCAGCCAUGAUGGAGCCUGUGAUCAAGAACGACAAUGGAUCCGGCACUGAGUCAGACAGCGAUGACUCUGUCCCUGAGCUGGAGGAACAGGAUUCUGCACAGACAACACAGCAAGCUCAGCUUGCAGCCGCUGCUGAGAUCGAUGAGGAGCCUGUCAGCAAAGCAAAACAGAGCCGCAGUGAAAAGAAGGCACGAAAGGCAAUGUCGAAGCUUGGUCUCAGGCAGGUAACAGGGGUCACCAGAGUCACCAUUCGCAAGUCAAAGAACAUCUUGUUUGUUAUUACCAAACCAGACGUCUACAAGAGCCCUGCAUCAGACACAUACAUCGUCUUCGGUGAAGCUAAGAUCGAGGAUCUUUCCCAGCAAGCUCAGCUGGCUGCUGCAGAAAAAUUCAAGGUACAGGGAGAAGCUGUAUCAAACAUCCAGGAAAACACACAGACGCCCACAGUACAGGAGGAGAGCGAAGAAGAAGAGGUUGAUGAGACCGGAGUUGAGGUCAAGGACAUUGAACUCGUCAUGUCACAAGCCAACGUGUCGCGGGCGAAGGCUGUACGCGCCCUGAAAAACAACAACAACGACAUUGUCAAUGCUAUUAUGGAAUUGACGAUGUAAUGGGACCCUGUCAACGAAGAGUUGAAGAAAGGUUGCUGAUUUAAGCUCAUUUAUACAAUUUAUACCCAAGAUGGAAAUAAAGUUGUGGCUUGAUGAAAUUAA